AUGACCGAUGCUACAAGUUUACCUCAAAAUGAACAACAUGAGUUAUUGUGCACAUAUGCAUCACUUAUUCUUUUUGAUGAAAAAAUAACAGUGUCCGCCGAGAAUAUCACAAAACUCAUUCAAGCAAGUGGUGCAACAGUGGAACCGUAUUUACCUAUGCUUUUUUCUCGAGCUUUAGGUCAAUGUAACAUUAAGGAUUUACUCAUGUCUGCAGGAUCCACUAGUGCCUCAAACAAUUCUUCAGUUCCAUCCUCUGAUGCUGUAUCAAAUGACAAGGUGACAGAAGAAGUGAAAGAAGAAGAAAAAGAAGAAGAGGAAGAAGAUAUGGGAUUUUCACUUUUUGAUUAA